CCCCCGGCGUCCUGCCUGCCUGCCUGUUGCCCUCGUCUCUUUCUCCUACGUCGUGCGUUGGUGCGAGAGGAUCUCCGCGGAGUAGCAGGGCCUGCAUUUGGACCUUCUUUACCCUUUUCUUCUUUCUACAUUUCCUAUUGUUUCCGGGUCAGGGCGGUGCGUUCGAAUGCAUACAUCUCUGUUGCAUCAUCAGUAUCAUCACCAACGCUACCUUCUCCAUGCUAUUACAUGACAAAACUUUACUUUGUUCGCUCUGUUCCAUGCAAUCACUUUUGCUUGGUGCGCUGAGCCUUCUCCCAUCACCUCACUCACGGUCUGCAAACACCACAGAUCGGUCUUCCUGCUGGCAUGAUACUGAGACUCCACACGCCUUCUCUCUUUGCUUUCUUUUCCAGCCUCCUAUGUUGCGCCGUUCUUGAAUCGAUUCUGUGAUUCCCUGCGAUUCCCUGCGAGGCUUUUAUUCUGCGGCGGAGGAGAGGUUGAAGCGUUCUUGCUUCCAGAGUUUGGGUUGUGGAACUGUCUGGAGCUGCGUUGAUUUGAAGGGUUUUUGGACGGAAUUCCGUUAUUUUGGGUGAGAUUGGUUCGAGCUGAAAGCGUCGUCGAGGUUGAAGGCGCUCCUGUUGUUGGAUAUGUUGUCGAGGCGAUGAUCGGUACAUUGAGGAUGUCCUCUUGAGCGCGGUUGCUCGUGUUAUGCUACUGGACUCUCCUCCUCGCAUUAGUUUGGUAGAUGAUCAUUACGCACAUAGCAUGCUGUCUCGCGGUUCGCAGCCCAGGUUAAUGAGGUUGCGGGAUAGUGUGAUAAGAGGGUUACGGAUUGGGGUAGGGCCAGAACGACAGUGACUCCUGUGCCUCACUUGAAUUUGAAUUCUGGAAAUCGGGAGUUGCAAUCCGCAGAUCGAUUAACAGAGAAUCGUUGAUACUACCGAGGCUGGUUGGGGAGAGAAGUAGGAGGUGAAAAUGCACGGUGCUGUUGAAAUCAAGGACGGGGAGGGUUCGCCGGAACAUGGUGAGAGUAGCUGCAGCGAGGCAGGCACAUCAGAUGAGGCCUUUGGAGCACAUGCCACAGAGCUGCAUGUAGAGACAGGACUCCAGAGGCAGGAGUCGGAUACCAGUCCGGAGGAUGGAGUCGAAGCAUAUUCCGAAGGAGACAUUGGGGCACAAAGUGAAGAUUUCAGUGAUCACCAUGGUCAAGGAGAUGCCCAUUGGGAGCCACGAGAGGCCCUGACUUUUAACACCAGUCUUGCAUCUGCGCACACUUACCUUGGAGGUCUUGGAGAUGUAGAGGAUGUCGGGAGCGACGGGUUCAAUGGUGCAGGUGGAGCUGUGCUGAAACUACCCAUGUUCUACUUGGAGGGUAUCGUUCUGUUUCCGCAUCAGAAGCUCCCGCUUCGCGUGCUUCAACAGCGGUUCAAGGCCGCUGUGUCUCAUGCUAUGUCCCCGGUGGGCAACGACGCGUUUCAAACACUAGGCGUGAUUCAUGUGCGUGUCUCCCGACGUGGAAGGAUUCAUGUGGCGAACUAUGGAACAACUGCCAAGAUCUGCAAGGUUAAAGGUCAGAGAGAUGGCUCUGUCAAUGUGAUGACGACAGGGAAAAAGCGCUUCAGAAUUUUAACCGUCUGGACUCAACCUGAUGGCGCACUGUUUGCGCAAGUCCAAAUAGUUGAAGAGGAUACGAAGAAGUUGGGUGAUUUUCCCGGUCGCUUCAACAACGCGUUUAGUCCAAUGGCCAGUGUCUUUAAACGAAGGACCGGCAGAGCCAAACCAUACCCUACCGGAUUGUCACCAGGUUGGGAACUUCAAGCUGCAAGCGAGGACGAGUUUUAUGAGGAACCAGAGGAUGUGGAGCCCAAUGGCUAUUAUUAUCAAGCAGGCACAAGAAAAGGGCAGGUGCCAGAAGGAAAUCACCAUGUGGUGCAAGAUGAAAGUGAUGCCGAGGAUGAAGGUGUGGAUGAAGAUAUAAAUGAAUACCGAGAUGGGGAUGAAAGCGAUGACUUCGUCGAUGCUGUCGCUGGAGAUGAAGAGGAAGAGGACCCUAGUGAUGACGAUGACGAUGGUACAGGCUCCCACUUUGAGAGACCUUCCAUUCGUCAACGACUAGAUGUCGAAUCCUCAAUUGGUCGACGCAUGGAAGAGCUGGAACCAGUGGGAAGAGAUCCCACAGAAGGCAGGAAUCGUGAGCCUUUGGAAGAACCUCUAGAAGUAAGCCAAUAUACGGAGAGCGGGUUUCCCCUUGAGGGAGCAGUCGGUAUCGAAGAUAGAGGAAAGAAAGAGGAGUCUCUCAGUGAGAAUACCACUCUUCAGGUUGUCUCCGUUCCUGCUGCAAGAUCACGAGGUGGCCCAUAUGUCAACCCGUACCGAAAGUGGCGAAAAGAUGCUUCUAGAUGGGCUAUGAGGGCACCAUUAACCACUUGGCCUCAUUGGGUGUACCGUCAAUAUGAUGCUUUCGAUUUGGCUCGUCGAGCAGCUGAUAUGCUUAGACAAAUGGGAGAUCAUCCCCGUUUGGAAGAACUUGUGUCCAAACCCACAGAGCUCUCUUAUUACAUUGGCAGUAACAUGCCUAUUCAGGAUCAUACCCGCCAAGAGCUUUUGGAGAUUGAUACGACUCUAGCUCGUCUUAAACGUGAGAUUCAGCUGCUGGAGGGCAUGGAUACGUUGAGGUGCAAUUGCUGCCGGGAAGUCAUUGCCUGGCGUAGGGACGUUUUUGUCAUGUCAACUGAGGGUGCUAUUGGAGCCUACGUCAACGCACAUGGCUACGUCCACGAAACUCUCACUCUGUCCUGUGCUCGGAAUAUGCGCAUUCGAGGAGCCCCGCAAACCGAAAACAGUUGGUUUCCAGGGUAUGCAUGGAUUCUAGCCAAGUGUCAGGCUUGUCACUUGAACAACAGGGAACAGCAUAUGGGUUGGCGUUUCAUCGCCGUUGACCGCAACACGCGCCCUCAAACUUUCUGGGGCAUCCGUAGGACUCAACUAAUUGGCAGCUCCGAAACCCAGGCACCUGACGCUUGGGAUUAACCAACCGUGCUCCAGUUCCCCUCUGUGAAAUGACAAUUGAUGAUCUGCUAUAGCUGCCCUGUGUGGGAUAAAAGCGUGGCAGUGUCACACUCCUGCAAGCUCAAUUGUGGCUUCCAAUUUUGGCAGUUUGAUGUAGGACCUUUAGCUAUCACCGACUAUUCGAAGUUCAGCCCUAUUUUCGACGGUCAGGGUUGUAUAUACUACAUCCAGUCCUUCUCCACUGAUUGUUUUAGUGUAGUUCUUGGAUACAUCAUCUCAAAUGCAGCUCAGGCUUAACGUUUGCGGUGUUUCCCGUCCUGCUAAAAAGGAGUCCCAAUCCCCAGGUGACAAAACGCAAAAAACACAACACGCAAAAACACACAAAAAAACAGAAAUCCUAUUAGUGUCCUGGGUGGUUUUUUAUCUUUAUUUUUUACAUGGGCAUACUGUGAAUUGCUCUUCGAGCACUCUCGGGAAUAGAGCCUCUUGGUCCGAAUCAUAUCCUAUGUUUUCUGUUGCCAGUGAAUCCUUUUUGUAAGCUGCUCCUCAUUAAAAAUGUUUUCGUUCUGGCACUUCA